CUGGAACUUUGGACCAUUUAUCACCAGGAAUUCGGAUCCGCCAUUGUUAUUGUGAGGGGAGCGUGAACGCGCUGCCACUUUCCUCUUGUGUGCCACUGGUUCCAUCUUCGCGCAAACCUGGUCUCAGCGCCCCGGGAAAUUGUCACUCGACCAAGGAGCAUCGGAAUUUUGAGUCCUCAAAGUUUCAGGCGUACGAAAUCGCGUGGACAAAGCAGAGAAGGUCAGGUCUAAGCAGAAGCCUGGAUCACAAACUGCUGCAUCCGCAAAUAUGGAACGACAUACCGUACAGUCACACUCCGCGAACGGUUCGUCAGAGAGCCGGCCAGAGUCGCCAGCGGCCGACGUGACAACGCCUCUAAACACUCCUCCGCCAGCGCAAAAGAAUGACAAUCAGGAAUAUCCGCAGGAGCAGCAUUAUCUCCAAUCUUACCAGAACCAUGAGCAGCCGGGUCUUAUACCAGUCCCUCCUGGGACAACGAUCUCGCCCGGCAAAGUCGACCAUGGAAUGCAAGCAUAUAACAACGAGCAAAAAGAGGUGCUUCUUGAUCAACAAGGCUACGGCGCGGCACCACCGUAUGCUGAGGACCCAAGCGGAAAACCCAAGAUCCUGGGCAUGCGCCGCAAGACCUUUUGGAUUGUUUUUGGUAUCGUGCUUGCAGUCAUUGUUAUUGGUGCAGCUGUAGGCGGCGGCGUCGGUGGCGGGUUAAGCGCGAAACAUCAUUCAGAGUCACCCAAAUCGUCGGCAUCUGCAGCCGCAGCGAAAGCCUCCGCUGCCGCCGCUACUUCUAUCACCACCACCGCGAAGCUACCCGACCAUACCAUCACCGUUACCCAGAUUGCUCCAGGGGCCAAAACGGUCUCAAAAUCUACUUCUCCUACUGCCUCUGCGACUAAAUCGACUUCGACGGCCUCGCAAAUUCCGGACUCGGGCUGUCCAAAAUCCAACGGUACCAGGACCAUACCUAUUGAUCCAUAUACGAAUAACAAUGUGAUGGUUGAUAAUACUGUGCAACGCUACGAGACCAUUUGCGAUACUGAUUGGCCCUCUGGGCCUUCUUUUGGGAAUCCCGGUGUCAUGGAUGUCUGGGUGGACAAUCUUGUCACUGGGCAAGACCUGACCGAUACCAUGGCUAACUGCAUGCUACUGUGUGCCUGGUACAAUUCCAACUUCAACUCUACCAACAAGCAGUAUGGCGAUACGAAGCAAAAGCCCGACGGCACUGGCGGAGAUAUGGGAUUCAUGCCUGGUGUGAUCAAUGCCUGUCGUGCCGUUGUGCUUGAGAUCAGACCAGAGGGACGAUGCUGGCUGAAGAAUGCCACUGGAAAUUCCACUCAGUACUCGACAUAUGAAGUCGAUGGAGCUGUGCUGGUAACGUGAUAAUGUGUUUAAUACAAGGUUUCUACGACAUGGAACAGCACGACAUUUUUCUAUUGCAUAGUUGAACAAAAACGAUAGCAUCAGUGUUCUUCUUUUCUGAUUUGAUUUCUAAUUUUGCCUUUAUCACUCACACUUUCUUCUAUCAUAUAUCUUUUUCCCUUUUGCAUUUUGUCAUAUUGCAUACGAGCAUCUCAGCCUGGACCACGAUGUACAUGUACAAGCAACACACUUAGAUACCCUUGUUUCCAAGCUUGUCAAUCAGAGACUUAUAAUUCAAUUCAGUUGCACUGUUCUUUUUUGUGUGUGAUUGUU